AUGGUGAUCGCCCGGCAGCACCCCAACCAGGACGUGCAGCGCAUCGAGAUCGGCAGAAGAGAAAUGGACUUGGCGCACGACUGGGCUGCGGACGCUGCCACCUACGGGGACGUCGGUCAGUUGGUGCACGCCGUGGAACUGAGUAAAGACCACCACGAGUUUGAAGCCGAAACCGCCGUGGCCCCCGACGUCCAGCUGACUGUGGAGCAGUCCGCCGUGAUCCGCAUCCUGGACCGCCAGAUCGCCGCCGCGCAAGGAGCCGGUGGGCCGCCGCCGCCAAUGCGAGUCAUCGUGCAGGGCAAGGCGGGCUGCGGCAAGUCCACCGUCAUCGCCGUCAUGAAGUCCCACAUCGUGGCUGCCUUUGGCCCGCGCAGCUUCUUGCUGGUGGCGCCGACGGGGGCAGCGGCCGACAACAUCGACGGCGAAACCAUCCACAGCGCGCUGCUGCUCACCGUCCCCAUGUCCGCAUUCGCGCCCCUCACCGGUGAACGUGCCAAGAUGUUCCAGGAAUCCAUGGAGCCGGUCCGCUUCCUCAUUGUGGACGAGUACUCCAUGAUCGGCUUGCCCAUCCUGGGCAUGAUGGAGCGCCGCUGCGCCGAAGGCAAGCCAGGCAGCAGCGAAACGUUCGGUGGGCUCUUCGUGUACCUCAUCGGCGACCUGGCCCAGCUGCCCCCCGUCCGCAUGAAGCCCAUCUUCUCCAACACUGGCUCCACCGCCAUGGAACUGAACGGCCGGAGGGCAUUCCAAGACUUCCGGCACGCCGUCGUGCUGCGGGAGUCCCAGCGCCAGUCCGACCCUUCCUUCCGCGCUGCGCUGGACGAGUUGGGUUUGGGCAAGUGCUCGGCCGAAGCCUUCGAGCGCUACCGGCAGCGCUUCUCCCACCGCGUGCCGCCAGCCGAGCAGCGCCUCUUCCGCGACGCCCUGCACAUCUUCCCCAUCAACAAGGGCGCGGCGGCGUACAACGUCAGCAGGCUGGAGCGCCUUGGCCGCCCCGUGGCCCGCAUCCCGGCCAGGCACAACAACGCCACUGCGGCGGCUGCUCCCACCGCGACCGCAGGAGGGCUUAGCGCCACCUUGCACUUGAGUGUUGGCUCCCGAGUGAUGCUGAGGGCCAACCUGUGGACCCGAGCUGGACUUGUGAACGGCGCUUCAGGGACUGUUGCUGGUAUUGUGUACUCCGAGGGCUCCAGGCCUCCAGACGUGGCUCCUGCUGUCAUCAUGGUGAAGUUCGACCGCUACUCGGGGCCUGCUCUAGCGGCAGACGGCUCCGUCCCCAUCUGCACCAUCAUGCGGUCCUGGAAGGAAGGCCAGACCAUGUGUACCCGUGAACAGUUUCCCUUGAACCUGGCGUGGGGCUGUACUGUACACGCCGCACAGGGACUCAGCGUGGACCGCGUCGUGGUCGACAUCGGCAACCAAGAGUUCUCUGCGGGCCUUGCGUACGUGGCGCUGUCCAGGUGCAGAGAGUGGAGCGGCCUCCUCAUCGAGAACGCGUUCGUGCAAGACAGGCUUGACAAACUGCAGAAGAGGCCCAGUGUGCAGAAGAAGGCUGACGUCAUCGCGCGCAUUGAGAGGCUGGCCCGCGCUACUCAGCGACUCAUCGACGCCAUGGAUCAAGGCAGUGCUCUGCCUCCUCAGGAGUCGUAUAAUGCGCGCUGUCGGUGUACUUGUAGUUGGAGGGUUUAA